AUGGGCUUCGUACUUUCCUGUUGCAGACGUAGGAAAGACCGUAAGAACGACGAGGAGGCUCGGCCGUUGCUGAGGGAUGUGGAAGAGUCCAGUGACCAGGCGCGCCUAAUGGCCAGGUUGGCCAAUAUCGUGGGCGCACUGAAAGCUAGCAAGCUACCUUCUCAAGAACAGCUCAACCGCGCGAUCAGGCUGCUCCUAGCUAGCGAUGCCCUGAAGCCGGCUGUCGCCGCUGCGACACUACAGGCUUAUGAACUUAGCGAGCCAGCUGCUCGUGUACUACUCUGUUUUCGACAAACCCUGGAAAUGGUAGCGCAGAUUGGGCUGGAGAAGAAUGACGAUGAUAUGCUCCAAGAGCUCGUCUACCUCGCCUCGCAAGCAACACGCAGGCCAGAUCUUUUGGCGGCAUCCGUAUAUAUCGAACAGGAGGACAACCUUAUACCGGACAUGCCUGAAAGUGCGCCUUCCCAAGAAGAGGUUGCAGACGACGUAUCGUCUCUCAUGAAUUCAUUCGUCAGUUUGUGCUGGCUUCUCAUGAGCUCUGCUGUGUUCCGACUGCUACUCUCCGACUCUCUAUCAGUGAUACAACAUAUCGCCGCUACAGCUGCUGUAGAAGUUGAUAGCGUCGCUGUCCAAGUCGCUUCUGCUGCUGAACACAUCGAGGUUGGUGUUCGCGCCAAUGCACCGUCUAUGCAAGGCGCUGUCGAUGCUGCCCAGGAGGCAAAAGACGAGCUCGCACACCUACGAGAUAAAGAGAAGCAGCGCCUGCUGGCGCUGAGGACUGAAACGACCGAGAAAUUAACGCACAGCUUCGUCGUACGUGUCCAACAGCUCGUUGACACUGCUCGAAGUGACAUCCGCUAUCGCAGCGCAAUGAUCAAUGUUCUUACCAUCGGUCGCAAGUACGCCUCAUUCCUACAUCAGGCAGCGAAUAGCCAACAUAAACACGAUGGUCCUACCACUGCACUGCACCCUGCCUUCAGCGCCGAGCCAAUACUGAAGUCAUUUCUGGAGACGGCUAAGACCUUGGUGGAGCGUUUCGCGUCGGGCUACUCAUUGGAUGCUUUUCUGCAGCGACUGGACAAGGUUGCCUUCGAGAUCGUCAAUCUCCCGGUUGAAACCGAGGCGCCUGUCAGGGUGUUCAUAUCUGAUGCAGCUACGUGGCUUGAUACAGCUCUCCGUUGUCAAGGCUACGCGCACUCGAAGCAGGGCUCGGAGACGCUCAAGGAACUCUACAUCCGCGGCACUGAUAUUUUUGGCGGGGAAUCGCCAUCACCGUUAGCCGCAGACAUCCGGGCCUUGAACGAAGAAUGGGAAGUGUUCGCAUCUCGCCUCGCCACAGAUCGCUCGACCGCGAGGUUUCUCGACGCCAUUGAUCGUCUACGAGUGGCGUUCCUCGACUUCAUCCCGGCAUCAGCUACAACCGUCGCCGCAGAGACGCGCCGGCGCAAGGAAGCAGCUACUCGCGACAUCAUUCUCUGGCUCGUCCCACGGAUCCUCUCUAUCGUCAAAUCUGUACCCCUUCCACGAAUUGAGUACAGCGACCCAGCCCUGCAGAUUGUACUCGAUUCGUUCACACUUACGCCUUCGUCGCUAUCGGCUUCUCUUCUUCCUGAUCAUGUGCGGCUGGCGAACUGGACCGAGAUACAGGUCGAUAACACACCUGACUAUCAAGGCGCUUCUCGUAUGCGCACUGCCGAGCGCAUUUCGCUCCGACUCGACGGCAUCCGAUUCGCAGCGGAAAACCUGGGAUUCUUCUUACGCUACGCGCCACCACGCCUUCUCGGGCUCGGUUAUGCAGAUAGGGGCUUACUCUCCGUCCUAGUCGGCGCCAGCGAGCCAGGAGAGGGGCUAAGCGUGGAUGCCUCGUUAUCGAUGCACACAGGCGAGUUCUCGGAAGGACAGCCGCAUCGUCUAUUCGAUGUCGACAGCGUACAUACGGACGUACCCGGAUUACGCUUUUCGCUGGAUCGCACGAAUCAUUGGCUCAUCAACAAACUGCUUGUACAACCAUUAGCUGGCCCCGCAGUGCGUCUCAUCGCGGGCAGCGUGUUGCAGUCCCAGAUACAUGCUGGUCUCGAAUACCUGAGCGUGAUUCUUGGGCACUGGCGCGAGCUUGCGGUCGAGGAGAGGACCCGCGACGCGGAGACCUCCCUUCUGACGCAGUACUAUCGCGCCCUUCUCCGACUUCCUAGCAUCAUCCCCGAAGAGGACGGAGAUGACGAAGGGGGCCUGGAAGAAGACGAGACAGGCGCCGGGAUACAGACCACGGAGACAACGUUCACACGCACUGGCCUCGUGCGCACGACUGUCAGCGAACCCGUCGACGCGAAGUCCGGGCAGGAAGCAGAGCGGACUGCGAUUGCCGUCGGCCUGGCCCCGCAGGUCGUCCAUGAGUCUGCAGGACCUGCAGAUGCCGCCGGUGCUGCGCCAAACCCUGACGUCUCUGUCCGGACGGGCGUGGCAAUUGAACGCGCGGUCAAUGAUGUUGAAGCCGAGGUGGCAGAUGUGAGCGGAGAGGUGGGGAAAGCUGCAGCUGAAGCACAUAGUAUGGCUGGAAAUCUGGUACGAUCGAGAGAGACGGUGGGGAAACGGACGUCCUACGAGCGCCGCAGGCAAGGUUGGCGAAGCGAAGCAUUCACUCUAUAG